AGUACCGCCACCCGCACGCCCUCCUCGCUGCCGGAGCGCUGGCCGCCGCCCUCCGCGUGGCCGAGGCGCCCGCCUCCCAUCUGGAGGACCUCCUGUCGGACGUCGCGGCCUACGGCCUGUUGGACGACCAGGAACUCUCGGGAGGCGUGGCUGGCGUGGUCCUGGAGUGCGAGGAGGAGCUGCUCCAGACUUGGAUGCGCUGCGCCUUCGAGGCGCACGAGCUCUCCUCCUUCUUCCGCGUGCUGCAGGCCAAGUACAGCCGCUGGGGCUACGGCCGCGUCGGGCUGCUGUCCCCCGCGGCGGCGCUCGCGAGGCUGCAGGAGGAGUCGGCGUUGCGGCAGUGGCAGACGGCCUGCAAGCAGUUCGUUAAGCAGUAUCGGUUUGCGGCAGGCAUUGGGGUUCCCGUCGCCACCGGACUCGAGCUGUGCGCGCCGUUCCCCUGCACGCCGCCAUGCGUCGGAGGCGCAAGCGUGGUUUGGCCGCAAUUCCAGAUGGACGCCGCAGGUCCAGUGUGGGCUGCAUGAGGCGCCGUGCCCCGCGGCGGGCAGGGCACGCGGGUGCCGUGCCUUAGAGAGCCGUGAAGGGAGAGAA